GACAAAAGCUGAAAGACAAAUGGAUGAAACGUAAUGGAAUAUACAGACGAAAAUAAAUUUUCAUUAACCUCCAUCAGAAAAGAUGGUUCAGAGUGCAAACAUCAUAGAAAAUCUCACAGAAGAUCUUCCUCAAUCCUAAAGAUUCCACAGUCAAAGCUGCCCUUGUCAGAUCUUGAUCCAAAUCAGCAGGAUGGCUGUAAAUUUCCUCCCGCCAAGAAAGCCAGGAGAUCAGAGAACAGAAGAGUUAGUUUUGCGGAUACUUGUCAAAUCAAAGAAUUUCCAAAGGACUCUCCAGGGGCUUGGCAUAAUGAAAAUUCAAGUGCAGAGAAUUCUCCAGAUUUAGAAAACACCAUAGAACAGGAAAAACCAGAGAUUUCAGGCCUGGACAAACUUCUUACAGGUUCAAUACAGCAUCCAGGUUUCACUAAUACAGAUGAGGAUGUACAGGAAAUCCCCUUUGAGGAGGACCAGCCCCUUGGAGUCCCUGUAGAUCCCAUCAACCACACUCUGAUCACGAACGAUGAGAUGGAGCUGACUGGAUUAGUCGGAUUAUCCAAUGAACCUCCGGAUGACUUUGAGGAACUGAAAAGCAAGAGCAGAGUGGAUCACAAAUUUCUCCAAAGUCUGAUUUCAUCUGAAAAGAGGACAAAAAGCACCAGUUUACAAAUAGAGACACCAGAAAAGUUGUUUCAUGCCAAAGCACAGGAGGACCCUGAUACAUACGUUUACACAACUAUGAAUCGUUACAGCUGCUCUAUGCAAUCCACUAUGUCCAGUCUCAUAACAGGAACCACAACUCUGUCAAGUCAACUGAGUGUAGCCAAGAGAGCACCUCUAACAUUGGUGCCAUCCUCUCAGAAACCAGAGCUUCUUAACUCAGGAACUGCUGAAAAUAUGACAGCAGAUUUAGCAAGUGAACUUGAUGUCCUUUCUAAUUUAGAGAAACCCAAAGCUACAGGAUUUCUUCAGUCACUCCUAAAAAAUCAGAAUAAAGAUAAAAUUGAAAAUUUACGGUCAGCUUAUUCUACCUCAACUGAGUUUGAAAGAACCCAGGUCUUCACUUCUGGAGAUGGCAUGGAUGAAACAGCAGUUCUGGACAGCACUAUAUGGACUGUGGAAAAAAGGGAUCUGCACAGGUUAGACACAUUACAGAAAAGUCAUGAUGUAGUGGAAAAAAUUCAUGUUGAAAGCAACUCUGAAGUGACACAAGUCUUUCACGGAGGCGAUGCUAUGGAGGAAACAAAAUUAAUUUCAGGGGGAAUUUGGAUGGAGGAGGAGAUUUACAAGCAAGGAAGAGAGAAAACUCAAAUAUUCAGUACAGAUGGAAACAUGGAAGAAACGAAAGUGCUCAAGGGAGAAAUUUUGACUGGCUCAGAUAGAGAUGUUGAGGUGACAGUCAAUAGUCAAGCAGUUGAAAAACACUUCCAGCAAGGAUGGGAGGAAACAAAGAUAUCUGUAAAAGAUGAUAACAUGGAAGAAACUAAAGCUCUGACUGGAGGAAUUUGGACUGGCAUUGAAAGAAGUGUUGGGAUUACAGGUGGAAAGAGCUCAUUAGAGAGUCAAUUUAAGCAAGGUGGGGAGGAAACAAGAAUAUUUGGAAAGGGGGACAAUAUGGAGGAAACCAAAGCUCUGACUGGAGGAAUUUGGACAGACCUUGAAAGAAGUUUUGGGAAGACAAACAGGGAAAACUCAUUAGUGAGUGGUUUGAGAAAAGGGGAGGAAACAAAGAUAUUUGGAAAGGAGGAUAGCAUGGAAGAAACUAAAGCUCUGCUUGGAGAAAUUUGGACUGGCUCUGAAAGUGUUGGGGUGAUAGGAAGCAGAAAUCCAGUUGAGAAGUGCUUUAUGCAAGGUGGGGAGGAAUCACAGAUUUUUGGAAAGGAUGACAAUAUGGAAGAAACUAAAGCUCUUACUGGGGGAAUUUUUACUGACCCUGAAGCAAUUGGUGGCAAGGCAGGCAAGGAUGAUUCAAUCAUGAAUUCCUUCAAGCAAGGUGGGGAGGAAACAAAAAAAGUAGCAAAGGAGGACAACAUGGAAGAAACUAAAGCUCUAACAGGAGGAAUUUGGACUGCCGAGUCACAGUCAAUAGAGAGGACAAAAACUGUCAACUUGAUGGAAGAAACAAAAGCUCUAACAGGAGGAAUUUGGACUGCUGAGUCACAGUCCAUUGAGAGGACAAAGACUGUGAACUUGAUGGAAGAAACAAAAGCUCUGACAGGAGUAAUUGAGGUCGAGAGUUCAACACAAGUGGAUAGGAAAGGAGAAGUAAAUAGAAUGGGAGAGCAGACAGAGAAGUCUGAAAAACAUGUUCAAGAUGGGGAUCAGAAAGAUGUAGCUUCAUUAUGUAAGAAAGAGCAUGAAAGCAAGAUGUCUGAAAUGGAAGAGGCUGAUUCUGAUAAUGAUUCAGAAAUCAGCUUUAAUUUCAAGAAAACUGAAACAGGAAAUACAACAUCUCUGCAAGCUGAUGAUGUGUUUGAAGCAAAGAGAACAGAAUUUUUGGUUGAAUCCACUGUCACAGAAAAAGAAUCGGAAAGAUGUGGUGAGGAGGUUAUCAGUGACAAAGGUGAUGGAAACACUAGAACUUUGGCUGAUCUGAAGAACCUCCUCAAGGAACAUACUAGUAAAUUUGAUGACAUAUUGAUGAACCCAGUGGAGGGCUCAACACUAAUCAAGGAAAAUAUCAUAGCAAGCAAGAAUGAGAAUAUAGAGACACAUGGAGAAAAUAAAACAUUGAUGUUCAGCAAUAAAAGUGACUGGCUGGAAGAAACAAAGAUGGUGACUGCCAAUAUCGAGAUUGGCUCCACGCAGAACAGCAUAUCCAAGAAUGAUAUUUUAGAUUGGCCCAGAGUUGCAGAAAAUAAAACAGUUUUAUUUGCUGAUAAAAGUGCAGCUAUGGAUGAAACAAAACCAGUCACUGCUAACUUGAUAAGUGACAAUGAACCACUGGCUUCUGUUCCUGGGGUUGGUGCCGAAAACAAAAUUGUUUCCGAGACUGUUGAAAAAUUGCCAACUUUGACUGGAAGUAACAUAACACUUACGUUUGGUAACAAUAGUGGAGCAAUGGAAGAAACCAAAAUAAAAACAUCGCUUUCAACUGUGCAAAAUAGAUUAGAAGGAAAAGAUGUAUCAACUGUCCAUGAACUACCCCAAUUAGCUGAAAGUAUCAUGGCAGACAGGAAAUCCAAUAUCAAUUUAACUGGGACUCAAAAGACAGAUGAUAAACAAUUAAGUCUUAUGAUGGAAGGUAAUAUGGUGGGACUUCUUGAGCAGGCUCCACCUGAGAAUUUGUUUACAGAUGCCACAUUGAAUUCCACUGUGACAUCCUUUAGACCUGAAAGUACCUCAACCUUAGCUUCACCCAUAGACUCCACUCAGGCUCUUCUUAAUAAAGACUGUGACAACAUCACCAUGCCCCCUGACAAUAUAACAGCUGUAGAAGAGUCCCUCAUUUCCCAAUUAUCCAUCAACAAGACUGCAGUGGAAUGUGACAUCACUCAGGAUGAUAUCUGGACAGGCCCAAUGACAGCCUUGUCUCUAUGUGAUUAUCUCCAGGUCGUCAAGCCGUCUUGUCUCAAAGCUUCCAAACUUUACGAACUACGCAGAACUAGAUGCAGCUUAGUUCAGGAGGAGGAAAUACCUUGUGAUGACCUCAAGAGUAAAGUUUUGGCUGAUUUAACAGUGAAGUCCCAUAUUGAAGCUCAGAUGGAGAUGAAUGCUCAGAUGAUGGCAGAAGUUGACAAGAAGAAAGUAGAAAUUGAGAAGUUGGAGGAGAAAUGGUUGACAGAACCACCAGAGAUAUUUCACUAUGCUCAGACCUGCAGUCCAGCUCAGAAAGUAGAAUUAAGGGAGAAAAUGGUAGCAAUGAGUAAUGUGUGUACCAGGCUUGGAAAAAUUGAAUGGAAAAAGGCCUCAGUACAAGCAGCUGCUUUAGAGUUACAGAAAAUUCAGGAAGGCAACAGGAAGCUUAAUUUAGAAGUGGGAGAAAUCCUUCAGAUGGCCACAGAUGCUAUGCAAAACAUAGAAGUUGUAAAUCAAGAGUUGGAAGAGAUGGAUGAAGAAAUAUUAGAAAUGAAGCAAACUCCUGUACCAUCAGAGCAGGAAAUCCAGGAGUAUUUAGCAGAAAAGGCCUUUAUAGAGAAGAAACAAGCAGAUUUAACAAACAUGAAAAAUGAAGAUAUAAGUAUGGCUGAGACUAAUAGAAGGCUGUCUGAGGAACAUGCAGCUCUGGCUGAGAAGUUGUCAUCAGAUGUCAGACAGGAGUCACAGAAAGACAACAUGCAGGAACUUCAAAACCAAACACAGAAAAUACGCAAUGAAAUUCAGCUUUUAUAUGGAAUGAGUGGAUGGUAUUUUGAAGAGUCUAGUUUCAGAACUGGUCAUAAAACUUUUAUGUUCAGCAGAAGGAAAUUAAGACUAGAAAUAAAUCAUGAAGAGGAAAGGAUAUCAUCCAUAGAAAUGAUGGCUUGUGACAAAGAUGUUCAGUGUAGGAGAGAACAAUUUUGUUUACGUUUAGCUGAAGAGGCUGUAAAUGGGGUGUACUUAAAACAAAAGUACUCUAAACUAAAUGAUCUUCCUCAGAUAUUGCAUGAGGUUGGAACUUUGGUAUUACAAAUGAAUGCCCUGCAUAAUGAUUUAAUGUUCUUGGAAAUGGACCACUACAUAGCAUACAAAUAUCCCAGAAUACACUUAGAAGUUUGGUCUCCCAGGAAGAGAUGUGUGAGUGUCUCGUUCCACUUCCAGUUUGUAGAGAGCUCUCUGAUUUGGAGCAUUGAACCCUCGUUGGAUGUUGAGUUUGGAAUUGUUAGGAAUGAUGCAGCGUUAUCACAGAUCAAACAAGUGGAACCAGGAGACUCCUACCUCAACAGAAUGUGUGCUGCCAUUGAUCUCGACUCUCUUCCUGAGGACACUAGCAAUAAAUGCCCAGUGUGUGGUUUACAUAUGCUUCAGUGUUAACAUCCAUUAACUGAGUGACAGAUUUUAGAUGUUGCAGAUUUUUAGUAGUGUAUUUAUUUGAACCAUGAGCCAUAUUUUCAGAUUUGUGGACUGUCAUCUUUUACAUGGCAGAGAACUGGUCUGAUAUAUUCUUAGAAGAAUGAAAAGUCUAUAAACUUAGAUUUUCAAUGACUCAUCUCAAUUUUUGUGAUUUGCAUGAUUAAGGCAGCUUUUUAUUUUAUUUUUAGCUCACCUGAUGCAAAAGCUGAAGUGAGCUAUCAAUAGUAUUGACUUGUGACUGCAGAUUCAUAAACCAAGGUUAAUUGAAUACUCUUUUUAUUCAAGUACACUGUAUAUUGCAUCUGAGAAAAAUAAAACAUAAUUUUAUACCA